AUAUUCACCAUACCAUACAAACCAUCUACCAUAAAACCCUUAAGAGAAUUCACCUUCUCUUUUGCCUUGAUGAUAUUUUUUUUUCUCCUAUUUUUUUAGCCCCUAUAUUUUUUCAAGGAGCUGUAAUAUUGAGAGUUAGAAAGGAAAGAAAGCGAGUCCUAUGCUAGGGGACUCAAGUAGUGUGCUAGCAACCACAACAACAACCCUUGCUGCUAGUGGUGGUGGAGGAGUAGGUAACAGGGAAGCUCCUCCGUUAACCGGUGGCCAUCAUGAAGGCAGAAACAUUGAUGUUGGAGGUGAAGAUGAUAAAGGAGUUAUUGAAGGUCACCGGGGUAUCGGAGGUAACCGGUGGCCAAGACAAGAGACUAUGGCACUCUUAAAAAUACGGUCCGAUAUGGAUGUUGCGUUUCGUGAUGCUAGUGCUAAAGGCCCUUUAUGGGAGGAUGUUUCCAGGAAGCUAGCAGAGCUUGGUUAUAAUCGAAGUGCCAAGAAGUGCAAAGAGAAAUUCGAGAACGUGUACAAGUACCACAAGAGAACCAAAGAUGGCCGAAGUGGUAAACAAGAAGGCAAGACUUACAGGUUUUUUGAUCAAUUAGAAGCUUUCGAAAGUCACCCCCCUUCACUAUCAUCGCCGCUGCCGCUGCCGCCACAACCAACCAAGCCUCAUAUUCCACCAGCCAACACAUUAGCAAUGCCUGUGGUUAAUCCCUCUCCUAAUGUUGUUGGGACUUCUCACAAUACUGUUCCAUCAACAGCAGCUGCCACCCUUGCUACAGAUUACACGUCUCAAGGCAUUGUCACUUCAGCUAUAAAUCUUGCAGUUCCUCCAUUUCCUUCAACAGACCCUACAAUCUCCCCCCCGUCACAAGCAACAAACCCUACAAAUCAUCCUCAAACUAAUAUUCCAUCUUCUUUUCCAAACUUUUCCUCAGAUCUUAACUCCAAUUUCACUUCUUCAUCAACAUCCUCGGACGUGGAACUGCAAGGGCGUCGUAAGAGGAAAAGGAAAUGGAAGGACUUUUUUGAAAGGCUAAUGACCGAAGUGAUCCAGAAGCAAGAGGAGACGCAGAAUAAGUUCUUGGAAGCAAUUGAGAAACGCGAACAUGAAAGAAUGGUCAGAGAAGAGUCCUGGAGAAUGCAAGAAAUGGCCAGAAUCAAUAGAGAGCGCGAGACCUCAGCCCAGGAAAGAUCCACGGCUGCAAUUAAAGGUGCUGCAGUAAUGGCAUUUUUGCAAAAAUUAUCUGAACAACAAAAUCCGGGUCAAGUACAAAAUAAUCCACCCCCAACACAGCCGCCGCCGCCGCCACCAGCGCUCCCUCCGAUAUCACAGCAAACACCAACACCUACGACUCCACCGCCACUGCCAGAGGCACAAGUGCCGCCACCACAACCGGUGGCUAAUCUGGACAUAAUGAAAUCAGAUAAUGGGGAUCAGAAUUUUAUGUCAGCAAGCUCUUCAAGAUGGCCUAAAGUAGAAGUUGAAGCUUUGAUCGGGCUAAGGACUAAUCUUGAUUGCAAGUACCAAGAAAAUGGACCCAAAGGGCCACUAUGGGAGGAGAUCUCAGCUGGAAUGAGAAAGCUUGGUUACAAUCGCAAUGCAAAACGAUGCAAAGAGAAGUGGGAGAAUAUCAAUAAGUACUUCAAGAAAGUGAAAGAGAGUAACAAGAAAAGGCCUGAGGAUUCGAAAACAUGUCCGUAUUUUCACCAACUUGAUGCUUUAUACAAGGAGAAAAACAAGAUUGAUGGUCCGUCCAAUAGUACUCAUCAUAUGAAACCUCAAAAUUUAGUGCCUUUGACGGUACUCCCUGAGCAACAAUGGCCUCCCCCUCAACAAGAACAUAGACCUGAUUCAGUGAUGGAGGAUUUAGAAAGUGAUGAUCAUCAAAAUCAGGAGGACGAAGAUGACAAGUUUGUGGAUGAUGAAGAUGAAGAUGAAGAUGAAGCUAGUGGCUAUGAAAUUGUAGCAAACAAACAAACAUCAAUGAACACAGCCAGGUGAGAGUUUUAAGUCCACAGAAGCAAAUUAACUCUUUGGGUAUUCAGAGGAAUACCGGCAAGAGCGGCGGAUU